GAAGAAGACCGUCGGUGACAAGAACACGACAAAAUUCGAUUUCUGAGUGUGCUGACAUUUUCUGAGCGUGCUGGUUUUGCCUAUUCGAGUAUCAAAAUUUAACAAGGUAUGGAGAGCUCUCAGAAUCAGUGUGCGCUACUAGUAGAAGCAGUUGACUUUGCUGCUAUAAGACACAGAAAUCAACGUAGGAAGGAUAAAGAAGGAACGCCGUACAUAAACCAUCCCAUUGGAGUCGCACGAAUACUGACGGCAGAAGGCAAGAUUUUUGACAUCACAACGUUGCAGGCAGCGGUUCUCCAUGACAUAGUCGAAGACACCGACACUACUUUUGAAGAGAUUGAAAAGAUCUUCGGCAAGAAAGUUCGAGACAUCCUUGCUGAAGUCACCGACGACAAGACGCAAACAAAGCAGAUGCGCAAGCAGCUGCAGAUAGAGAAUGCCUCAAAAUGCAGCUAUGAAGCACGCCUCAUAAAACUUGCAGAUAAAUUGUACAUUCUCCGCGACCUGCAUACGUCAACCCCGGAAGGAUGGUCGGAACGCAAGGUGCAAGAAUAUUUUGAUUGGGCCAAGAAAGUUGUGGAGGGACUCAGAGGAACAAAUAAGGACAUAGAGGCAGAGCUUGACAAAUUGUUCAAUGAGCACAACAGUCCAAUAGAAUCUGUUGCUUUGUAAUCGUUUGAGGUUCCAGAAUUGGUUGGAGUCCAGACAUGGCAAUAUAUGAUGAUAUCUA